GCGGCGGGGCGGGCGUCCGCCCUCAGCGUCGGCGCGCAGGAGGCUGGCAGGGCCGGUGCUGGGCGCUGGAGCUGCCGCCGCGGCGGGAAGAUGGAUGUGCCGCGCUCGUCCCUCGCCGCUCGUCAUCCUCUCCUGGCCGCGGCACGGGCUUCCAAAGCAAAUGAGACCAGGACCUUAAGGAAUGUCAUGCAGUAGGUGCUGAACUAACUGGCACUAAAAGGAACAGAAAAAGAUGGCAGUCCAUAUUUGAAAUAAUUAAGCACGUGGACUCUCACUGAUAAGAAACCAUGUCAAAAAAAGGACGUAACAAGGGCGAAAAGCCUGAGGCACUGAUAGUUGCCUUACAGGCUGCCAAUGAGGAACUCAGGACCAAGCUAACAGACAUUCAAAUUGAGCUGCAUCAGGAGAAAUCAAAGGUUGCUAAACUUGAAAGAGAGAAGACUCAAGAAACUAAGCGUAUCCGCGAGGCGGAGCAGCGCAAGCAGACUGUGCAAAUCACAGAGCUAAAAGCCAAACUUCAUGAGGAGAAAAUGAAGGAGCUGCAGGCCGUGAGGGAGAACCUCAUCAAACAGCAUGAGCAGGAGAUGACACGGAUGGUUAAAGUCCGAGACAGCGAAAUCCAGCGCCUCAAGUCAGCGCUGUGCGCGCUGCGGGAUGGGAGCAGCGAUAAAGUAAGGACAGCGCUGACUAUUGAGGCUCGUGAAGAGGCCAGAAAACAGUUCGACUCCGAGCGCCUUAAGCUUCUACAGGAAAUUACUGAACUGAAGUCUGCCAAAAAGCAGGUAGAUGAAGCCCUUAACAACAUGAUCCAAGCCGAUAAGAUCAAGGCGGGGGAUCUUCGGAGUGAGCAUCAGUCCCAUCAGGAAGCCAUUUCCAAGAUCAAAUGGGAAAGUGAAAGGGAUAUUCGCCGCCUGAUGGACGAGAUCAAGGCUAAAGACAGGAUCAUAUUUUCCUUGGAGAAAGAACUGGAGACACAGACAGGCUAUGUGCAGAAGCUGCAGCUGCAGAAGGAAGCUCUGGAUGAACAGCUCUUCUUGGUGAAGGAGGCAGAGUGUAACAUGAGCAGUCCCAAGAGAGAGAUCCCAGGAAGGGCUGGAGAUGGUUCGGAGCACUGCAGCAGCCCUGACUUGCGCAGAAACCAGAAGAGGAUAGCAGAGCUGAACGCCACAAUCCGGAAGCUGGAAGACAGGAACACGUUGCUUGUUGAUGAGCGAAAUGAACUGUUGAAACGUGUCCGAGAAGCUGAGAAACAAUGUAAACCUCUUCUGGAAAAGAACAAGUGCCUCACGAAGAGAAAUGAUGAACUUAUGCAGUCUUUGCAGCGCAUGGAAGAUAAACUCAAAGCAGUCACUAAAGAAAAUAUAGAAAUGAGAGAAAAAAUGACAUCACAUCCUCCUCUAAAGAAAUUAAGAUCUCUCAAUGACCUGGAUCAGGCUAAUGAGGAACAAGAAACUGAAUUCUUAAAACUUCAGGUCAUAGAACAACAGAACAUAAUUGAUGAGUUAACAAGGGACAGGGAGAAACUCAUUCGUCGCCGAAAGCAUAAAAGGAGCUCAAAGCCAAUUAAGAGACAUGUGGUAGAUACAGUUUUUGGGUAUGAUGAUGAUUCCAUGGACUCUGAAACAUCCUCUGUGGCCUCAUAUAGAACAGACAGAACACCAGCAACCCCAGAUGAUGAUCUGGAUGAGGGUUUAGCAGCAGAAGAAUCAGAGCUGCGGUUUCGACAGCUGACAAAGGAGUACCAGGCCCUGCAGAGAGCAUAUGCACUACUGCAGGAGCAGACAGGAGGCAUCAUAGAUGCUGAAAGAGAAGCCAAGGCUCAGGAGCAGCUCCAAGCUGAAGUCCAGAGGUAUAAAGCCAAAAUAGAAGAUCUGGAGAAAACUUUGGCACAGAAAGGGCAGGACUCACACUGGGUGGAGGACAAACAGCUUUUCAUUAAGAGGAACCAAGAGCUUUUAGACAAGAUAGAGAAACUGGAAGCAGAAAACAACCGUCUGCAACAGGAGUUGCAGGAUGCCCGAGACCAGAAUGAGCUGUUGGAGUUCCGCAACCUUGAGCUGGAGGAAAGAGAGAGGCGGUCCCCACCAUUUAAUCUCCAGAUUCACCCGUUCUCAGAUGGUGUCAGUGCUCUACAGAUCUACUGCAUGAAGGAAGGAGUUAAGGAUGUCAGCAUCCCAGACCUCAUAAAGCAGUUAGACAUCCUAGGUGAUAAUGGGAAUUUAAGAAAUGAAGAACAAGUGGCCAUAAUUCAGGCUUCCACUGUGUUGUCCUUGGCAGAAAAGUGGAUCCAGCAGAUUGAGGGAGCUGAAGCUGCUCUGCAUCAAAAGAUGAUGGAACUGGAAAGUGAUAUGGAGCAAUUUUGCAAAAUAAAAGGUUAUUUGGAGGAAGAAUUAGACUACAGGAAGCAAGCUCUUGACCAAGCAUACAUGAGGAUCCAGGAGCUUGAAGCCACCUUGUACAAUGCUUUGCAGCAAGAAACGGUGAUAAAGUUUGGGGAACUACUCACUGAAAAACAGCAGGAAGAGCUGAGGACAGCAGUAGAAAAGCUAAGACGUCAGAUGCUGAGGAAAAGCAGAGAAUAUGAUUGCCAGAUUCUUCAGGAGAGGAUGGAAUUGCUCCAGCAGGCUCAUCAGAGGAUCCGAGAUUUAGAAGAUAAAACUGACAUCCAAAAGAGACAAAUUAAGGAUCUGGAGGAAAAGUUUCUAUUUCUAUUCUUGUUCUUCUCUCUUGCCUUUAUUCUUUGGCCUUGAUGUCAAUGUGCCUCUUUGAAAGAGUGACCGACCACCCAGAUAAGUGCUUAUAAAGGCAAAUGCUUCCAUCCCCCUGAUGAAGAGAACAUUGUUUACACCUAUUUUAAAAAGUAUAAAAAGGAACAACCUGUAGCCAAGACUGUAACCACCUUGUAUUUUAAAGCCAUCACUCAAGAUUUGCUACUUGACAGUUCCUGUCUAAAGCUAUGAUAUAUGCUGCAUCUAAUAAAAUUCUGUAUGUUGAAAUUACAAAA